GAUAAAGACUUCCGGAUAUUCAGCUAUGGCGACUGAAAACGAAACCGAGCGCUUGAAGCUGAAAAUGGUCGUUGAAAAAGAACCCGAUUUCGCCACAAUGCGUGACUCCAUAGAACUCAGACAUGGUCUUAUAUUUAUUUUUGCAACCAUUUCUUUUUUCAAUCUUUUGAAUUGGAUAAUAAAGUCUUAUGGCCCACCAAAAUCUCUUAAAGAGGAAGAAUGGAAAUGGAGAAAUCUCUACGUUUCCUGGGUUCAUGCGCUUAUCACGUCGGUAUGGGUUAUUCUUAGGUAAGUAAAAUAUUUUAAAGACCAUUAGGCGUGCCUAAUAAAUAUUUUCAAGAAUUAACAUUUCUUUAAUCAGAACACCUCAACAAUUGAAGAGUUCUGCGAAAAGACCCCAAAUGUUGCUGUAAAUGACAAAAAGUAGCCUAUUUUAAUUUAUUAAAAAUUACGGUAAAUUUACACUCUCUGCGCCAUACUGGGCCAUAGUGUUUUAUUAUGGCUGGCACCUUGGUUGCCUUGACACAUGGUCAUGACAACCAAGGUGGUGGCCAUGUAAAAAACUCAAAAAAGGGAGAGAAUGUGUCAGUUUAACUAUUUACAGAGAGAAGCAAAAAUAGGCCCACAAUGUUAACAUUAAAUGAAAAGAUUUCCGACAGUAAAAAAAUUUUAUGGUGAACAUAGCUAAUUUAUUGUAUCCGUCUAUAUAUUUGACAAGAAGUAUUAACGACCUGUUUUUGCCCCCUUCCCUGACGCAAUUUAGCCGGUACAUGCUUGUUCCCCUAACCUAAAACACAUGUGCCGCUACAGUUACAUACUAAUACUAUGUUAAGAAAACUGAAAAUGAAGAAAAACAAAGCAAAAUAUUUAAAAUAAUAAACCUAACUCACACUUCCAUAGAAUACACUUUACACACUUUAUUUCAGGUUGCAGCAAAAAGAAAAUCUGGUAAAUGCAAAAAAAAAAAAAAAAAAAAAAAAAAAGAAGAAAAAAAAAACAAAAAAUUUAAAAUAAUAAACCUAACUCCCACUACCAAAAAAUACACUUUACACACUUUAUUUCAGGUUGCAGCAAAAAGAAAAACUGGUAAAUGCAAAAAAAAAAAAAAAAAGAGAUGCCAUGUAUUUUUCCAUGGCUGCCAUCUUGGUUGCCAUGACCCGUGAACUAUUACGGGUUCACUGGAGGUGGUAGUCAAGAUGGCGGCCGUGAAAAAAUAAAACAACUCUCGUUUGCUAAAAUUAGGAAUAAAACGUUAAAAAUGAAUGAAAACAUUUCUUAAUGUAUCCCUAAAUCUAUCCCUAACCUGGGUAUUGACACUAAAUCUAACGUGGAUAUUGACCCUAACCUGAACUCCCUAAAUGUAUCCUUAAACCUAACCUGAACCCGAAAUGUAUCCCAAACCCUAAAACUAGCCCUAAAUCCUCAAGUAAAAACACGUGUACAACAGCAGUGACACACUGUGGCAAGAAAACUAAAAAAAUGAAGAAAAACAAUUUAAAAAUAAUUCUAAAAUAAAUAAAUAAUGAAAACCCAACUUAGUUUCAUAGAAUACAUUUUUACACACUUUAUUUGGGGUUCCGCCGAAAAGAAUAUCCAGAAAAUGAAUAAAACACCAUGCAGUCAUGAAAUAAUGCAUUUUAAAAUAUGGUGGAACAAUUAAAAUAUUAUAAUUAGCCAACCACUGAAAUUUUAAAAUUCAAUAAAAUUUCUAUACAACACAUGCCAUCGUCAUGUUAAGGAAAAUGUAACAAAAAACAAGGGGAGUGAAUCCAAUAAAAAAUCUUAACAAAAACGCGCUAGUGACGUCAUGGCAUCUCUUCUUUGCAUUGAACGAAAAUCCAAACGUUAGAAAAUCAAUACAAAACAAUAAUUAAACCCAUUUUCCAAAAUGCUGGAAAAUUAAAUGUUAUGAUUGACCAACCAAUGAAAUUUUAAUUUAAAACAUUCCAUUGUCAUAUUAAGGAAAAGUUAUCUCUAGUAACAAGAAGAUUAACAAAAGGGAGAGAAUCCUAAACACACAAGCCAUGGCACUGAUAGCGUGAAUUGACUUAAAUUACAAUAAUAGAUUCCAAUAGGCCCAAUGCCAAAGUCAACUGAUUUUAUGUGAAGAAAAUAUCAAUCGCUCACCUUUCAUCUCUUCCAAUAAUUUGCGCAUCAAUCCUGAAGUUGUGCCACUUACAAGAUGCUGCUGAUGUUUAUCAUUUUAUUAGUCUUAAAAACCUAAGCCAGUGUAAAUGUAAUUGGUUGACCUAGGGUCACACAUCUUAUAUCUGAUUUGAAGUUCAUAUCUGAAGAUAAACAGAAAACAAUCAAACUUGCCAACACCAAAGCUGUCCAAACUAAAUCAAGUUAUGGUAAAUUUACGUUAGACGGACCACUCAUUUCUGAUGACUGCACGACCUGCCAACCCAUCCGAUUUUUCGGAAUUAUAAGGAUUUUAUAUCCCUCAUUCCGACAAGCCCUUUAAAGUUAAGUUUUUCCAAACAUUGUAAUUUUUCACCCGUCAUAAAAAUCCGAAAGCGAAAAAAAAAAAUGGGUAUGACAGGAAGUGGUGCAUUUCGAAGAUGCCACUUCCUUUGUUUUUAUGAAGUGUCUACAUGUCCGGUGAUCGGGCGAAUAAGUUCUCAAUAUAUUCAUCUGGCUGUUAUAUAUUCGACCUAGUCACAUGACCGCCGUAACAAAGUUGCGCGAGAUAUUUGUCCAUCAGCCUUGUCACGUGACUGCUAAUACUAAUAGUAGUAAUAUUCUAUCAGAGUUUACGGUACUUCAUUUCAACAAAUUCAUGAUAGUCUGGACAUUUACAUGAAAAAUAAAUAUGUUCAAUUCUACAAAAGAAAUACUAAACCCAUUGCUGGUAUAUUUAACGAACAAAUGGUUUAAAAGGGACAAUGUUAAAUAAAGCGAGAGAUACCCGCUGGAUGAAUAUCUCCCGCACUAUUUGUCCGGUCGCCGGACGUAUAGACACUGUCUUGUUUUUAUCGAAGCUAACCGUGAUCUCCAAAUCAUUUUUUAAUCAAUUGAUCUGAUUGGGAUUCAUCCUUUUAAUAGGCUAAAAAAUCAUUCAGUUGCAUUGUGUCUUUUUUGUUUUGUUAAAGCUUAACUUAAUUAAAUGGAUAAAUCUAUUGAAAGUGGUGGGUACAGUUAUGUUAAUAGACAAAUUUUAACAAACCCCCCCCCACCUUUUAAUAGGCUAAAAAAUCAUUCAGUUGCAUUGUGUCUUUUUUGUUUUGUUAAAGCUUAACUUAAUUAAAUGGAUAAAUCUAUUGAAAGUGGUGGGUACAGUUAUGUUAAUAGACAUAUUUUAACACCCCCCCCCCCCAAGAAAACCCCCCAAAAAACAUACGACUGCAGCUAAUAGUAAAAAGCAAUGAAUCUAUGACAUCCAUGUCUAAUUUCUUUGUUAAAGAAACAGACUAUUCAGUGAUCAGAUCGGAAGUUUUAUUGACCACCUUUCUUAUUGAAGGAAAUCUUUCUCUAGUCAGCUCCGAUCAUUUAAAUGCCAGAGUCAAACAAAUAUUUCCAGACUAGCAGAUUGCUGGAAGAUUGUGAAGAAAAAUUACAAUGAAACAAGGGCACGCAUGAAAUUUGAUACUCUUUCUAACUUGUUUGUACAAGUUGUAAAUAAAAUCAGUUGCAAUGCUAACCUUCAGUUGUCUAAAGAGCUGUUGAACAGGUGUAAAAAGGCCACUAGGGAUCUGCUGGAAAACUGAACUCUUUGCAGCCUGUGUGCAAUUGUAAAUAAAAUGUAAAUUCUGUUCUGUAUACAAACAUUUCCAGUAAUGUUUUUCUCAUGCUCUUUCGUGUUCUGUGGACUCUGCAAAGACAAUGGAGGGAACUUUAUAAUACUUUAUUUACUAAAAAAGGCUUGUGAGUUAGUAUAUAGAUCUUAAACCACCACCCCCCAUGGGCGCCACCCCCUGGGGGCAGUGGCCCCACUUCCCCCUGCGUGCACCCCUCUACAGUUUAUUUUUCUUGGCAGGUCUGUGGCUGCCAUCUUGAUUGGCGUGACAGCAAACAUUUUGUCUUACAAACCCAACAAUAAUAUUGAAAAUAGCUUUUUAUUCCGAACCUCUCGCUUCUGAUACCUGGGUGCGAAUAGUCACUUCGAAAAAUAAAUCUACUAAAUUUUGAUACUGUCAAAUUCAAAUUUUAUAGUUUUUUUAUUCUCACAACAGAAAUAAUUAGUUUUUAAGCCAACUUUUGAAAAAUAUGACAAUUUACACAAAUAUUUUAUUUUCUGUUUUUAUUUAUUUACAGAUUUUUUUUUUAUUAAGCUAUGGUCUUACUAAACUUGAACUAAAAAUAAUUACAAAAGCACAACUGUCAUAGAUCAACAGAUGUUAAGUUCCAUUUAUAAGAUUGAGUGUCAAAUAGAUUGUUACUCCUUCUCUUUUUUAUUAUGUCUACACUAAGACAACUCCCAUAUCUUUGAGAUGCUUUUAAGAAAGUGUUAAAGUAUGGUUGAUAGAAGCUUAAAACAUUCUAAAAAAAUUAUUCUUGUUAAAUCUAUGAGUACAAAACACUACCAGUGUAGGAUAUUUUACUAUGGCGUUCUUAGUCUUUAAUUGAUCAAAAGAGAAAAUCUAAUAACAGUACACUUGCUGUGUGUAAAUUGUGAGUAGGUGAAGUGGUAGAUUUUUUUUCUGGAUUAAUAUCUGAUUUAAAGAGUUGUAACUGUAAGUUGGUACUUGUAAACUAACUAAUUUCUGAAGUAGAAUGUAUCCAUUGUUCUAUUUGCCUUCAAAUAAUUCUGGCAUAUUCAUGUUCUGACGCACACUAGACAUGGAAGAUUCCUCUAAUGAAAUAAAUUUUGAAAAUUUCACUUGAAUGUAUUGCUAUUUAAUUGUUUGUACAAUCUCUCCAAUCCCAGCAUGCUUCUGUACCCUGAAAUGUUUUCUGGCCUGUUGCAACACAUAAACUACAUGACUUACUUUUGUGUUUGCUUUGGCACAGGUGAGUUGAGUUUGCUAGCUUUGUAAUGCCAAUGUGAUGCAUUUAUAUUUAGUUGGAUUUUAUUGUUUAAUUUUUAAAAACAAAUUUAAUGUUUGGGGUACUGCAAUUAUUAAUUUAAAUCGAUUAAGGAAAAUUGUAACUAAUACCUCAAAGUAGACCUGGGUGAAAAAUUUUGUAAUCUUUAUUUAAUAUUUAAAAGAGUAUACAAAAGUUAAUAUUUAGAAUCAAAAUUUAUACAGUGUUCAAAUUUCUGACGUUAACAUUUUAAAGAAUAACAAAUGUAUUUAGCACCAAAAAAACUAAUUAUUGGUUCAUUCAUUACUUUUAGGAUAUUUUUUCUAUGACAUGCAAGAUCUGAUAUUGAACAACCGGUUGUUUGCUAUGUGGGAAGUUGUUUUACACCAUAUUGCAGUGAGUAUUAAAGCUCUUCUUAAAAAUUAGCUUCUACUUUUACCCUAAGACAGGAACAGAUACCAUAUAUACAAUUAAUGCAUAUAGUAAACUCCCCUCUGCAGCUCACUUUUGUGCUCACAGUGGUCUACUGUAGAUUAAAAUUGAUUGAGACUGUGAAAAUUGAUGGAUCAGAGCUCAGCAACCUUUUUAAAGCACACCGUAGUCCUUUCCAAGAAUUCUGCAGCACACGUCAAGUAAAAACAUGCAGAAAAUAUUGAGUGCAUGAAAUUAACAUUGGCCAAUUGAAUUUUUAAACUAAAUAAGGCAAAAAUAUUUAGCAUUCAUAAUGGCCUGUUAUGCUAAAAGGUGUCAUAUUGCAGUGAACUGUUCCUUAUAUCUCUCUGUAUUGGAAAAAUUACUGCUGACGCAGUGUUUGACAGCUUGGUUAAAGGCUAAACCAGGGGUGCAGGCCUUUUCAUGUUGGAUGGCGCCAUUCAAAAUACUUCAAUUAUAUAUACAAAAAAAGUGUGUCAUUUAUUAACAUGCAACAAUGUACAAAUAUAUUUUAGUCCAAGAGUUUUAGAAAUGCAAAAUCUGAUACAGAUCCAAGUAGUGGAGGUGUUAAACACACACUUCAGGACUGUGCUCUAGUGACAUUGUUCGCCACCGCAAAAUAUAUCAUACACCAAUAUGCAUGUAAUAACCUACUACAGUGUUAUUAGAACUAAUUUGGUGUUUUUUUGUUUUCCCAGUAUUUAUUUAUUAUUUAUUUAGGCAUUUUAUAUAGUGCUUACCUUAAAGCUCUAAGCGCUUUACAAUUAUUAAAAACAUGUAAACUAACUAAAAUAAAAAUGAGACAUUAGGAUAGUAACUACUAUACUAUAGAAACAAUUAAAAUGGCUAUAAAACGAGGACACUUUGGCACAUGGAAUUUUAAUUUUAAAAUAUUAUAGGAUUUGUUUUGUAAAAUUUGGAUUCAGCCAAUAGGUCUCACUUGAAGAUGUAGGAGGCUGCAUGGGGCUGCAGGUUCCCCACACUUAUGAUAACCAAUGUCCCUGUGUAAUCAAAAUUUUUUUAGCAUACAUUCCUACAUAUGCUAUAGGCUUUUUGUCCUCUUGGAGGCAUUUUGUACUGCAUAUGUAAUAUUAUCUUGCAGUACAAUGUUGCUGAACUCUGGUUCAGAUGAUCCAUCAAUUUUUUAUUAAAUAAAAAUAAUGUAAAAUGUAUUCAGUAAUCAUAGAUCUAUGUGCAUCUGCAACUCUAAUAAUAUGUAUUUGAGGAGUCUUAUUUAGUUUUCACUUAAAUGGUGAGAUAUAUAUAUAUAUAUAUAUUUUUUUAUGCUAAAGUAAAAUAAAGGUGAGAUGAUAGUGGGAAAACUAAUAAUGUUAUGCAGUGUCUGUAAUCUGUGAUUAAUUGGGCCAAGUACUUAAUUUAUCAAUAUUAGAAUCAAUACAUAUACCUUAUGUUUAAGAUAUAAUAAUCUCCUUAUGUUUUCAGGUGGCCAGCAUGUUUUAUUACAAUGUACAUAUACGAGCACACAUUGGGUUCAGCAUAGUAGCACUUAGCGUGGAAGUCAACUCUUUAUUCCUUCACUGGAGGAAACUGCUGCAGAUGGUAAAAACACCUUAUGACAGUCCUAAGUACCUCAUCAUUAAGUAUAUUAACCUGAGCACCUUUGUUGCAUUUCGAGGUGUCCCCCUCUCAAUGAUCACAUAUUGUUGCUUUGUAUGGCGUCACAAAGUAUCCAUGAUGUACUACAUAGGAAUUUGUCUCAGCAUGUUUGUCAUGGAUGUACUGAAUGUCAUUUUGCUCUCGAGGCUGUUCAAGAGCGACAUUCUUCGUAGUUCCAAAGGAGGGCCAAGUUCCAUUUGUUCAACUCUGCGACGAGAUUGUGCAUCAUUCAAUGGCUACAGUACAAAUGGCCAUGUCGUUCAUAAUAACGGUAAUCAUAUUUCCAACAGUAUUAAAGAGUCAGUGAAAAAGGAAAAUUGACUAGAUGGUGAUGUCUAAAGGAUGGAGAUCACUAAGGUGCUUGAAUACAUAUUUGCAUAUUUAAGAUAUAAAAAUUAGUCCUUGUGAGCUUAUCUGGAGUUUUGAAAUAUGUUGUUUUAUGAAUAGUAUAAAUAACUAAGCAUGAUCCAUGUUUUUUUUUUUUUCUACUCCAUUAAGGGUUGCAUUAUUAUUGCUGCCCAUGGUUUGAUUGAAGACUUCUGUCAGAGAAAAAAUUUUAAAAACAUUUUACUGUGCAAACAAAAUCAUUAUUGAAACUGGUGUUUUUUUUGUGUGUAUGUAAAAAAACAUUUUAAAAAUAAUCAAAAUAUGUCCUCUUGUGCAAUCGAUAAUACACAGUUUUAUCAUUAAUUGUCGGAUUACUUUAUAAAAAUAUUAAUUUAAUUUAAUUUGAGGGGGGGGGGGUUAAAUAUUUAAUAAAAGUUUAAAAAAUCAACUUGUCCCUUUAUCCAGUGUUUCCCCAAAAUUGUCAUUCAAGGCAUGCAGUAUAACAUUCAAAUGGUAAACGGCAAGAAGGAAAAGAUCAAAACUGCAAUAUUAUGAUUUUAAAAUGUCCAUUUUAAAACAUUUUAAAAGCAAUUAAUUCUUUGAUGUGGUCAUAGAAUCAUUUAAGUUUUAUUUUUAUGAAAAUUUUAUACAUAUAUUUAUCUUGCUUCUUUAAAAUGUUUAAUGUAUGCAUUAAAAAAAAGAUCUGUCUGUAUAUUGUGUAUGAACUUUAAUAUUGAAACUAAAUAAUUAUAAUUGAAAGCAUUAAAAUUCUAAAAUA